AUGACGACUAUCUCGAGGCCAAACAGCGACGCUCUCACGGAGAAUGUCUCCAACAAAGUAGCUAUUAUCACCGGCGCCGCACGUGGCAUCGGAUUUGCCACUGCUAAUCUCCUCGCCCGCCACGGCGCCCGCGUGGUGCUUGUUGAUUUACACGAGGAUGCAUUAAAGAAUGCAGUGGAAGCCAUCGGUCUGCAAGCCACGUACAAGACCUGCGACGUCAGCGACUGGAACCAACAGAUAGCGCUGUUCCAAUGGGUCAUCGACACUAUCGGGCCAAUCGAGCUCGUCGUGUGCAACGCAGCCAUCAACCCCGAGAUCUCCCUGCUCCAGACCCAAGAUCCCUCACGACAAGCGCAGCUGAACAGUCAAGCACGCUACAAUUACCUGGCAGAUGAAACCAAGGAAGGCAAGCUUGAGCGCCCCUCGACGCAGCUCUUUGACGUCAACAUCAACUCGGUCGUGUUCGGACUAAAAUUAGCCAUCCAUCACAUGAAGCAGAGAGGAGCGGGUGGACGCAUCGUCGUCACUGGCUCUGCGGGCUCCUAUGUCCCUGUGCCUUCGCAGCCGCUCUAUACCGCUAGCAAACAUGCAGUCUUGGGUCUUGUCCGCAGCACCGCCCUAAUCGAGGAGGUUAUCCGAGCCAACAUUGCCAUUUCCUGGAUCGCGCCUUGGCUUACACUCACCUCCAUGGUGGAAGGGCUGGAGGCCACCACUCAGCCCCACACGCUCAAGAGUUCGCCGGAGGACGUUGCAUGGGCCAUCGCAGCGGCAGUGGCGUCGCCGGCGAGCUGGGCGAACGCCAAGGGAUUCUGGGUGCAAGGUACGACGAUCACUGAGGUAGAGGGCGCAUACGGAGAGGUCGGCCAGCGGCUGAUCGCACCUGAGAAUCGGUUCUAA